AUGUUGUCCACGAGACUGUUCCAUGUCUGCUGCAUCUGGGCAACUGCUCUGCUUGGGAUAUCGUCUGCAGCCACAGUCACGUACGAUUUCGACGUCACUUGGGUGACGGCGAACCCAGAUGGCGCUUUUGAUCGACCUACCAUAGGUAUAAACGGCCAAUGGCCGAUACCCCCAAUCGUUGCCAACGUCGGGGACAAUGUUGUUGUUCAUGUCAAGAACUCGCUUGGCAAUGAGACCACUUCCCUGCAUUUCCAUGGCUUAUACAUGAACGGCACAACGCACAUGGACGGCCCAGCGCAGAUCACCCAACCCGGCACGUACUGGUACCAUUCCCACACUCGUGGGCAGUACCCAGAUGGCUUGCGCGGCCCUCUCAUCAUACACGAUCCCGACUCGCCGUUUACCGGCCAGUAUGACGAAGAGAUAGUCUUGACGGUGUCCGACUGGUACCAUGAUCUAAUGACAGACCUGCUCCCCGGCUUCAUCAGCAAGAGUAAUCCGACAGGAGCCGAGCCUGUGCCGAACAACGCGUUGUUCAAUGAAACCCAGAACUUGAAGGUUGCUAUCCAGCCAGGGAAAACCUACCUUGUCCGGGUGAUAAACAUCGGUGCCUUUGCCGGUCAGUAUGUGUGGUUUGAAGGGCACAAUAUGACAAUUGUCGAAGUCGACGGUGUCUAUACACAGCCAGCUGUCGCGGACAUGAUAUACCUCUCCGCAGCUCAGCGCUGUAGUUUCUUAUUGACGACCAAGAAUGAGACGUCGGCAAACUAUGCGUUCGUUGGGAGCAUGGACACGACACUGUUCGAUACGCUCCCCGACGACUUGAACUACAACGUUACUGGCUGGCUUGUCUACGAUGGUAACGCCGCAUUCCCGGAUGCUGCGUUCGUCGAUGAACUCAACCCAUUCGAUGAUAUGACGCUCAUCCCCUGGGAUAAUCAGACAUUGCUGGGGGAGCCUGACCAAACCAUCGAACUAGAUGUCAUCAUGGACAAUCUUGGGGAUGGUGCAAACUAUGCCUUCUUCAACAACAUCACCUAUACCGCGCCCAAGGUGCCGACCCUCUACACGGCCUUGUCCACCGGCGAGCAUGCGAGCAAUCCCUUGGUGUAUGGAGACUACACCAAUUCUUUCGUGCUCGAAAAGGGCCAGGUGGUCCAGAUCGUCGUGAACAACCUGGACUCGGGACGCCACCCGUUCCAUCUUCACGGCCACGCCUUCCAGGCGCUUUACCGAUCCGACGAGGAAGCCGGCACCUUUGAAGACUCCAACAUCACCGAGGCAGACUUCCCGGCCAUCCCUAUGCGCCGGGACACCCUUGUGCUAUACCCCGAUGGCAACAUCGUGCUUCGCUUCCAGGCAGAUAAUCCAGGUAUCUGGCUGUUCCACUGCCACAUCGAAUGGCACGUCACUUCCGGGCUCAUGGCGACCAUCGUCGAGGCGCCGCUCGAUCUGCAGAAGACUCUCACCAUCCCCCAGUCCCACUACGACGUGUGUUCGGCCGGCGGCAUCCCGACGGCCGGCAACGCUGCUGGCAACACGGUCGACGUCCUGGAUCUGGCGGGCGAGAACCGCGCCCCGGACCCGCUGCCCGAAGGAUUCACAACCCGCGGAAAGGUUGCUCUGGCCUUCAGCUGCCUGGCGGGGAUCCUCGGCGUCAUGGUCGUGGCCUGGUAUGGUCUGUCUCCGGACCCGAACUCGCACCCUGCCGUCGAACAGCGCGUCGCCGAGGCGCAGGUCGGCCAGGAAGCGGCGCACGGGACCGGGGCCGCAGCAAAGAAUGCAGGACCGGAAGAGAUAGUGACGGUGCCCUCAGGGGGAAGCAGGGGCCCAAGGGCGUAG